AUCUGUAAAAAAGACCUAAAAAAUGCAGGCUCCUAUAUAAGGCGAAGCGAGGCAGAGUUGAGAAACAGGCUUUCAAAAAUUGAGGCGUCUUAAUAAACGUUCUCAAUAACAACUCUCUCUUCUUUCUCUCUCUCUUUUCUCCAAUCUCUCUCGUCUGUUUGUUUUAGAUCUCGUCGAGAAUGAGAGAGUGCAUUUCAGUUCACAUCGGUCAGGCCGGUAUCCAGAUCGGUAACGCUUGCUGGGAACUUUACUGCCUCGAGCACGGCAUUCAGCCUGAUGGCCAAAUGCCAAGUGACAAAACUGUCGGUGGAGGGGAUGAUGCUUUCAACACUUUCUUUAGCGAAACUGGUGCUGGAAAGCAUGUACCUCGUGCAAUCUUUGUGGAUCUUGAGCCCACUGUCAUCGAUGAAGUGAGGACUGGAACAUAUCGUCAACUCUUUCAUCCUGAACAGCUGAUUAGUGGCAAAGAAGAUGCAGCUAACAACUUUGCUCGUGGACACUAUACCAUUGGAAAGGAGAUAGUUGAUCUUUGCCUGGAUCGUAUCCGGAAGCUUGCUGACAACUGCACUGGUCUCCAGGGUUUCCUUGUAUUUAAUGCUGUUGGUGGAGGCACUGGUUCUGGUCUGGGUUCCCUUCUUUUGGAGCGUCUGUCUGUGGACUAUGGCAAGAAAUCAAAACUUGGAUUCACUGUUUAUCCCUCACCACAGAUCUCAACCUCUGUUGUGGAGCCUUACAACAGUGUGCUCUCGACCCAUUCACUCUUGGAGCACACUGAUGUUUCUGUGCUGUUGGAUAAUGAGGCCAUAUAUGAUAUUUGCAAGCGGUCCCUUGACAUUGAACGCCCCACUUAUACCAACCUCAAUCGUUUGGUUUCUCAGGUCAUUUCCUCCUUGACCGCUUCUUUAAGGUUUGAUGGAGCCUUGAAUGUUGAUGUGACUGAGUUCCAGACCAAUCUGGUGCCAUACCCAAGGAUCCACUUCAUGCUUUCUUCUUAUGCCCCUGUUAUCUCCGCUGAGAAGGCCUAUCAUGAACAGCUAUCAGUUGCAGAGAUCACUAACAGUGCAUUUGAGCCCUCUUCUAUGAUGGCGAAGUGUGAUCCUCGCCAUGGGAAAUACAUGGCUUGCUGUCUGAUGUACCGAGGUGAUGUGGUGCCUAAGGAUGUGAAUGCCGCUGUUGGUACCAUCAAGACCAAGCGCACCAUUCAGUUUGUUGACUGGUGCCCAACUGGUUUCAAGUGUGGUAUCAACUAUCAGGCCCCAACUGUUGUCCCAGGUGGUGAUCUUGCCAAAGUACAGAGAGCUGUGUGCAUGAUCUCAAAUUCGACCAGUGUUGCAGAGGUUUUCUCACGUAUAGACACCAAAUUUGACCUCAUGUACUCAAAGAGGGCUUUCGUUCACUGGUAUGUUGGUGAGGGAAUGGAAGAAGGUGAGUUCUCUGAAGCCCGUGAGGAUCUUGCUGCCCUUGAGAAGGACUAUGAGGAGGUUGGUGCAGAGUCUGCUGAGGGGGAUGAUGAAGAUGAAGGAGAAGAUUACUAGAAGAUAAGGAGUUGCGUGGACAGUUGAUUUCUAUUUUGCUUUUGCAUUACGCAUGGCCUUGUUUUAUUUGCAACAACUCUUUAUGCUGUUCUCUAUGUUUGCUGUUUCUGUUCACCAAAUUUAUGUGGCGUGAAGACUUCUUUUAAUGGUUGAUGUUUCUGUUACACCA